AUGUCGGCUCUUCAUUCUCGUGGGGUGAGUGUUGAUAUUGCCUGCCCUCUUUGUCGUCAAGAGCCUGAGACGCUACAGCAUUUAAUGUUUGAAUGUUCGCAGGUUGCACUACUCUGGACAGAUGCGACUCAUCUCCUUGAUGCUAGUUUGCCAUUUGCGAGUUGGAUUGAAUCUGUUAUUACUACAGGCCCAGGGACGCUGGUUCUCCGAUGCGUAGCAAACUGCUGGGGUAUUUGGAGGGGACGAAACGACCAGAUAUGGAACAGUAAACCUUGGCAGGUCUCACGUAUUCAAACUGAGAUCAAUAAGCUUCUUAUAAGUUGGCAACAAGUGAUGAGUGAGGCUGCAAAUGUUGUUGGUCAAUCCAUGCCCCAUGGUGAAACUGUCACGGUGGGUGAGGGAAUUUUAAAAGUUUUUGUUGAUGCAGCUAUGGUGGUGGGUGAGUUUGUUGCUGCCAAGAAUGGCUCUCUUCGUUGUCAUAAGGAUGUUCACUUGGCUGAAGCUAUGGCAAUAAAGGAGGCUUUGUCAUGGGCGAAGGAUAGAAGUUGA